AUGAGUAGGUUCUUAGUCCAUGCUUCGCAUAAAUUAAGCGCGCCUAUUAUUAGAAUCGAUCCAGACGAGGAGCUAAACUUAAUUUGUAAAUUUCUUUUUUACCGACCUACUGGCUAUCAUUCCAAUGCAAAAGCUUUAAGAGAUGCAUGUAAAAAAGAAGGAUAUAAUUUCCCGUAUAAGAAAAUUCGUAAAUGGUUGCAUAACCAGAAUGAAUGGCAAAAGUAUGCUCCGUCACCAAAAAAUACUCCACGGGGGAAGACAUGGAAAGCAGUAUUACAGAUUAUAGACGUGUCUAGCAGAUUCAAAGCGAGUGUUCCUCUCACAUCGAAGAAUAGUUCAGAGGUUGCUAAAGCAUUCAAGAAAAUUUAUGAUAAUCCCAAUAACCCUCUUACGUACCCGACACUUCUACAAUGUGACCAGGAUAAAGAAUUCAUGGGCGAAACUGCUCGAUUAAUGGAAGCGCAUAAUGUCACAAUUCGAGUAAUUGGUGCAUAUAGCCAUCGAGGACUAGCCCUUAGCAUGGGUAAAGUAUUUGCCAGAAGUCAUUGA